AUGAGAAUCUCACUUCUUAAUCAUUAUAGUGUUAAUACAAACAUGGACCCACCAGGCGAUGAUAAUUCAACAGCUGUUCAACGCCCAUUAAUGGAUAUCACAGAAGCGGACGCAUAUCGAGAAAAAAUUAUUGCGUUUGUCAAUCCAAAAUCCGGUGGAUUACAAGGUGAACGUGUUUUUGAACAAUUGCGUGCACAAAUCGGCGAAGACAAUGUAUAUGAUCUGGUAAAAUCCAAGGGUCCAGAUGAAGGUUUGCGAGAAAAUCGAAAUGAAAAGAAUUUAAGAAUAAUUGCGUGUGGAGGAGAUGGGACAGUAGGAUGGGUUCUCUCAGCAUUAGAUACAUCUCAAAUGCAAUACUUGGAUUUUGUUUCUGUUGGCGUUAUUCCACUAGGAACUGGCAACGAUAUGGCGAGAUUUCUUGGAUGGGGACCGGGUUAUCGUGGCGAACCUCUGGCACCUAUGAUUCAAACACUAGCUACUGGUGAAACGCGUUUAUUAGAUCGUUGGUUUAUCGAUGUUCAACCAGCAGCACACACUGAAGCAUCUAGCGUCAAAGUUCCGCAACCGGUGUUCAAUAAUUACCUAUCGUUUGGUGCCGAUGCGCAGAUAGCAUUGGACUUCCAUCUAAAACGAAAUGCGAAUCCACGAAUGUAUAGCAACCGUAUCGUUAACCAACUUGCCUAUGGCUGUAUCUCAUGCGGAACAUUUAUUGACAGACGUUAUUUAUGUGGAAACAUUGCAAACUAUUUUGAAUUAGUUGUUGAUGGACGAAGUAUAGACGAUGAAAUGCAUCGUUUUCGUCCCGAUGCCAUCUGUUUUCUAAACAUUGCUUCGUACGCAGCCGGUACAAAUCCAUGGCAGGGCGUUUACGAUCGCCUUUGGUGUGCACGCUCAGCGCCAGAUGAUGAUCGAUUUCGCGAACAGUCAUGUAGUGAUGGUUACUUAGAAAUUAUUGGUUUUAAGCAUUUUGAACUAGCACGAAUACGCUUAGGAAGGCGUGGUCAUCGAAUAGCGCAAGGUAGUGAAAUUAAGUUGACAAUAAUAAGAGAUCUUCCAAUGGAAAUAGACGGCGAGCCGUUCCUCCUAGGACCAUGUCAGAUAACUAUCACGCGGAAAAAUCAAUCUCGAAUGAUUAUCACUCAAAGAAGUCAGGCGGCUCAACAAACUCAAUCAAAUCGAAUUUAA